AUGGAGCUGGACAGUCUGGCCCGCUGCCCCCCUCGGCGCGCGCGGGGCAGGCCCGGGACUCGCCUGAGCGGGCUGGUCGGCGGACUCCAGGAGCAGGUUCUGAGCGAACACCAUCUCCUUCUCUCCGUUGGCACGCCGCCAAACGUCCACCCCGGGCAGCAUCUGGUCCGCCGGGAGCUUCUGAUAGGAGAGCAGCUCCAGGGACAGCGAGAAGGACACGUUGACCUGAGCAGACGGCUGUGGGCGGGCCUGUUGGCCCAGCACUGCCUGUGUCCUUAUCCUGAGGACACAGAGGAGCCUCUGACGGCUUGUAAGCAGGGGAUGUCGGAAUCAGCUUUGCCUUCUUCAGAGGUCACUCUGGCUGCUGUGGAGAGCCAUGCUGGCUGCCGGAGCAUCGCCGCCCGCCGCUGCUCCGGCUGGGACUUCAGCACGCAGCAGGUGAAAGUUGUUGCUGUUGACGCAGAGCUGAAUGUGUUCUAUGAGGACAGUGCGCAUUUUGACAGAGACCUUCUAGAAUUCGGGACUCAGGGUGGAGUUCACGUUCACGAGGAUGGGCUGACAGUGACAUCUCCAGUCCUGAUGUGGGUCCGGGCUUUGGAUAUCAUCUUGGAGAGGAUGAAGGCCUCGGGCUUUGACUUCUCUCAAGUCCUCGCCCUGUCUGGGGCCGGCCAGCAACAUGGAAGUGUAUACUGGAAGGCUGGGGCCAGCCAGGUGUUGAGAAGCCUGUCACCAGACCUCCCGUUACAUAAGCAGCUGCAGGCCUGUUUCUCCAUCAGCGACAGCCCGGUGUGGAUGGACUCCAGCACCACAGCCCAGUGUCGCCAGCUGGAGGCCGCGGUGGGCGGCGCCCAGGCUCUCAGCUGCCUCACAGGCUCCCGGGCCUACGAGCGAUUUACGGGAAACCAGAUCGCGAAGAUUUACCAGCAGAACCCCGAGGCCUACUCACACACGGAGAGAAUUUCUUUGGUCAGUAGCUUUGCUGCCUCCCUGUUCCUUGGGUCUUACUCUCCUAUCGACUGCAGUGAUGGUUCUGGAAUGAAUUUGUUGCAGAUCAAGGACAAAGUCUGGUCGCGGGUCUGCCUUGCUGCCUGUGCUCCUCAUUUAGAGGAGAAGCUUGGCUCACCAGUACCGUCCUGCUCAGUUGUGGGAGCCAUUUCUUCCUACUACGUCCAGCGCUAUGGAUUUCCUCCAGGAUGCCAAGUGGUGGCCUUUACUGGGGACAACCCUGCGUCGCUGGCAGGCAUGAGGCUGGAGGAAGGUGACAUUGCGGUCAGCCUGGGCACCAGCGACACCCUAUUUCUCUGGCUCCAGGAGCCCAUGCCCGCCCUGGAAGGGCACAUCUUCUGCAACCCCGUUGGCUCCCAGCACUACAUGGCACUUCUCUGCUUUAAAAAUGGCUCCCUCAUGAGAGAGAAGAUCCGUGAUGAGUCAGCUGCCUGUUCCUGGAGUGAGUUCUCUGAGGCACUGCGGUCCACGGAGAUGGGGAACGGCGGGAACCUGGGUUUUUAUUUUGACGUAAUGGAGAUCACCCCUGAAAUUAUUGGGCGCCAUAGGUUUAGUGCAGAAAACCACAAGGUCCCAGCAUUCCCCAGGGAUGUGGAGAUCCGAGCACUGAUUGAAGGGCAGUUCAUGGCCAAGAGGAUUCAUGCCGAGGGCUUGGGCUACCGAAUCAUGCCCAAGACAAAGAUUUUGGCCACUGGAGGGGCAUCUCACAACAGAGACAUAUUACAGGUACUUGCGGAUGUGUUUGGCGCCCCAGUGUAUGUCAUAGACACUGCCAACUCUGCCUGUGUGGGCUCUGCGUACCGAGCUUUCCAUGGCCUUGCAGCUGGAACAGACGUGCCCUUUUCAGAGGUUGUGAAGUUAGCCCCACCUCCCAGAUUAGCUGCUACCCCAACCCCAGGAGCUUCUCAGGUCUACGAGGCCCUCCUUCCUCGAUACGCCAAGCUUGAGCAGAGAAUCCUGUCGCAGACCCAUGGGCCUCCUGAGAGAAUUCCUCAGGCCCAGGCACCCCUGUUAACCCUGCCUGCUCAGACUCACUGA